UCCGAGGGUCGCUGCGGUGCCGGGCAGUGAGAAGAAGCCGGCCGGAGGCUCUCGCCGAGCAUCCGCGUCGGCCGUACCACUGGCUUGAGCAGAGCAGAGAGCGCGGUGCACACGCCGUCUCGUGAUGGAGAAGGUCAUGGAGUCCGCGUACACGGUCGGCGUACGCGGCGCUCAGUAUCUGUGGUGGUUCGUGGCCAACUUCUUCCUCAUGUUUGCCGAGUGUACCGGCCGCAUGUUCGGGACGGUUGGCAUGAUUGCGAUGGGAGCGCUCAUCUACGAGGGGUGCGGCGAGCAUGCAGGAGUGCUGUGCAACAAGCCGGGCGAGGUGUUCGAGCUGUCGAUAUUUGGCGUCGACAUCGGCUCCGACCCCGAGAUGACCGGCUGGGGCGUCUUCGCCUUCAUCGUCGGCGCCGUCUGGCUGCCGCUGGGGUGGUCGGGCGUCGAUGUGGCAGUCCUCUCUGCGCUCGGGCCGACGCUGAUGGUCUGGCUGCUGCCGAGCCUGCAGGGCAACUGCAACGACUUUCUCGGCGCGGCGGGGCCCGACCGGUGGGACGUGUCCCUCCUCGGCUACCUCCACCUCUCCCGCGUGAUGGGAACCUUCGUCGCCGCAGUCUACCCGGGCCUGAUGAUCCUCUUUGUGCGCGGCGGGAUUGGCGCGUGGCCCGAGGACGGCGGACGGUUCGCAACGAUGGAGGACGCGACGCUGACAAAGCUGCGCGGCUCCGUCGUCGCGGGCGGCGCCUUCUUCUGGAUCUGGCUCGUCGUGGGGGCGACGCUGCGGCAGCGGCCCGACUGGGGCCCGCCCUCGAUGACUCCGCUGCAGGUGGACGCGGGCUGCUUCUCCGUCUUCCUCCUCUUCACCGGCGCGCACAUGUGGCUCCAGCACUCGCUCGAGCCGACGCGGGCGACGCUCGGCUGCAUCUCGGUGGCCGGGCUCGCCGGCGGCUCAACGCUCGCGCUGCUCGCCGCGGGCGGGUUCCAAGGGAAGCCUUUCCAGGGCGUGUCGCACGCGACGGGCGACUCGCCGGCAGGGCACCGCUUCGACGGCGUGCUCCAGAUGUCGAGGCCGUUCGACGAGCGGGGCUACUGCGGCCCGGGCGUGCCUUGCCCGCCGUCGAUGCAGGAUAUUGUCGCGGGCUCCGCCAACCUGACCGACGACUUGUGGGGCGUGCUCGAGGAGGGCCUCUGGCCGGAGCGGUGCAGCGAGGCGAUCGACUGCAGCUGGACGGGCAUGUACUCCUGCCCCGGGCAGCAGGCUGGCGCGGCGGGCGUCGCGAAGGACGACAGCUCGGACGAGUACUACUGCUGCUGCGAGGAGGAGAUGUGGCGGACGGCGGCGAGCCUCGACCGGCCCGAGCCAGUCAACAUCAGCUGUUGGGGCUCGUGGGACGGGCGGCUCGUGCUUCCCUUCACCGAGCAGGACCCGUCCUCGCUCGGCUCGGAGGUGCCCUCCUGCGCCGGCCAGAGCUGGAGGCCGAUCCCGUGGGGCGAGGGCGGCGCCGCCACGCCGGCGGGCGGAGUGAUGGCCGCCCUCAGCAACGUCACCGCGCCGAGCGCGCAGGGGCCCGUCACUGCGGACGCACUCGCGAGCUUCGCGCUGGCGGGCGGGGGGGCCAACGGGAGCAACUUCGCCUUGCUCGGCGCCAAGCAGGACGAGGUGUUGGGCGCCGAUUCGGCGAUGCUGUGGCGGCUGCAGGCGACCGCGCUGAGCGCCGUCUUUUGGUUCCCCGUGCUGCACACGAUUGCGACGCACCCGGACGGCGUGUGGGCGGUGUUCGGCUGCCAGUACCGCAGCAGGUGGUGGGUGGACGCUGGCAUGUGGGUCUACGGGCCGAUGGCGUCCAAGAAGGAGGUCGGCAUCGUGACGGUCACCGCCGAGACGGCGAAGACCGUGCUGCGCAACGAGCGCGGCUCGUUCCGGAGCUGGUUUUCGCGGCUCUCCGCCGUCGGGCCGACCGCGUUUCUGCUCUCGCAGCCGUGGCAGCACUACGUCGGCUUCGCGCCCGCGCCCGCGUGGAUGGUCGCCUCGCUCUCCGGCUACAUCGACAGCCCCGCUGCGACCGCGCUGCACGGCGCCGUCUUCUUCGGCUCCUUCCUCAACAUGUGGAGCUUCGGCAACAACGCGAUGGCGCGGCCCGAGGGCACCUGGGUCGGCCCGCUCGAGAAGGUCUUCACGGGCACCUUCCUCGGCUACUACCAGUGGAUGUUCCUGCUCAUGUGCAUCGUCAACACCGGCUGGCUCGAGAUUGCGCACCAGUUCCUCGGGCUCGCCUUCCCGCUCGCGGCCUUCUUCUACCUGGUGGCGAUCCUCUGGUUCAACUGCUCGUGGAUCAUCUGCGUCGAGACGGUCUCCACCGUCCUCUUCGGCCUCGGGGGCGCGUACCUCACCCUCAAGGCGCGCACCAACGAUGACGUCAAGCUCUUCUGGCCCUACUCCUUCACCGCCUACAACCGCUUCUGGCUCGGCGAGGCGGUCGUCCUCAUCGCCGUCGCGUGGUUCACGCACUUCCAGCACGUCCAGCUCAUCCGCACAUCGGAGAAGCGGCUCGGCGACUCGUCCACCGCGCGCGCGGCGCCGGCGAUCUCCUCGCGCUCGGCGCGGACCUCGGCGCGGACCUCGGCGCCGGCGACGCGCGACGGCUGGUACAUGCUCGAGGAGGGCGCGCCGCGGCGCGACCGGACGGUCGUGGCGGAGUAUGUCCGGCUACAGCGCGAGAGGAGGAAGGAAUGGACUAGGAUGGUGUGAGAGCCCACGUCCAGAUUUUUCGUGCCCUAGGCUUAGCUGAGAGAAGGGGGAGAGGAGAGGUUUAGGCCGGGACCACCGUGUGUGUGUGUGUGUGUGUGUGUGUGUGUGUGUGUGUGUGUGUGUGUGUGUGUGUGUGUGUGUGUGUGUGUGUGUGUGUGUGUUUGUCGGUCUGUGUCUGUGUUGCUGUGUCUGUGUCUGUGUACUGUGUGCGCGCGGGUCUGGAGGCAGGCCAUUACAUGCCGCAUGAAUCAGCAAUAACAUGAGCUGGUGGUUGACAGGGUACGUUUCUAAGUCUAGAGAAAAAGGAAACUAG